UUUACACAACAGAACGGUUUUCUGAGUAAUGGCCGCGCUCAGAAUCACCGCCUGAUGCUCCGGAGAGAUGAAUUGCAGAUGAGUUUCCCUUCCACCUUUGGAUGAAUCUCUGGAGUUUAAAUUGUAGCAAGGAAGCGGGAAAAAAACACGAUGAAAGAGAAGUCCAAAAAUGCUGCCCGGACUAGACGGGAGAAAGAAAACAGUGAAUUUUAUGAACUGGCUAAAUUACUACCCCUGCCCUCCGCUAUCACCUCUCAGCUGGACAAAGCAUCCAUAAUCAGACUCACUACCAGCUAUUUAAAAAUGAGAGUGGUUUUUCCAGAAGGACUUGGAGAAGCCUGGGGCCACUCCAGCAGAACCAGCCCACUGGAUAAUGUUGGACGGGAACUGGGAUCCCAUCUUUUGCAGACGUUGGACGGUUUCAUCUUUGUUGUGGCUCCGGAUGGCAAGAUCAUGUACAUCUCGGAGACGGCCUCGGUGCACCUGGGCUUGUCGCAGGUAGAGCUGACCGGCAACAGCAUUUACGAGUACAUCCACCCCGCCGACCAUGACGAGAUGACGGCGGUGCUGACGGCGCACCAGCCUUAUCACUCGCACUUCGUGCAGGAGUACGAGAUCGAGAGAUCCUUUUUCCUGAGGAUGAAGUGCGUCCUGGCCAAGAGGAACGCGGGCCUCACCUGCGGGGGCUACAAGGUCAUUCACUGCAGCGGGUACCUGAAGAUCCGCCAGUACAGCCUGGACAUGUCCCCCUUCGACGGCUGCUACCAAAACGUCGGCUUGGUCGCCGUGGGCCACUCGCUGCCGCCCAGCGCCGUGACGGAGAUCAAGCUCCACAGCAAUAUGUUCAUGUUUCGAGCCAGCCUAGACAUGAAGCUCAUAUUCUUAGAUUCCAGGGUAGCUGAGCUAACAGGUUACGAGCCCCAGGACCUGAUAGAGAAGACCCUUUACCACCACGUCCAUGGCUGUGACACCUUUCACCUGCGUUGCGCACAUCACUUGUUGCUGGUGAAAGGACAAGUGACCACCAAGUACUACCGCUUCUUGGCCAAGCACGGCGGCUGGGUGUGGGUGCAGAGCUACGCCACCAUCGUGCACAACAGCCGCUCCUCCCGCCCGCACUGCAUCGUCAGCGUCAACUACGUGCUCACGGACACUGAAUAUAAAGGACUGCAGCUCUCCCUGGAUCAGGUCACUGCUACCAAGCCGGCAUUCUCAUACGCAAACUCAGCUCCGACCAUAACGGAUAAUAGAAAGGGAAGCAAAUCUCGCCUCUCGAGCACAAAGUCAAAAUCAAGGACAUCACCGUACCCACAGUAUUCUGGAUUUCACACAGAGAGAUCUGAGUCUGACCACGAGAGCCAGUGGGGUGGGAGCCCCCUGACCGAUACGGCUUCUCCGCAGCUCCUGGAGCCCGCGGACAGAGCGAGCUCCCAGCACCACGACGUCUCCUGUGCCUACAGACAGUACUCAGACCGCAGCGCGCUCUGCUACGGUUUUGCACUCGACCACUCCAGGCUGGCUGAUGACAGGCAUUUCCACAGUCAGGCCUGCGAAGGAGGCAGAUGCGAAGCUGGCCGGUAUUUCCUUGGCACGCCGCAGCCGGGAAGGGAGAGCUGGUGGGGCUCUCGCUCAGCCCUGCCUCUGACUAAGUCGUCCCCCGAGAGCAGAGAAGCGUAUGAGAACAGUAUGCCCCACAUAACGUCAGUGCACAGGAUUCAUGGAAGAGGACACUGGGAUGAUGACAGUGUUGUUAGCUCACCCGAUCCUGGCUCUGCCAGCGAGUCAGGAGACCGAUACCGUACCGAGCAGUAUCAGAACAGUCCGCAUGAGCCCAGCAAAAUUGAAACUCUCAUAAGAGCCACCCAGCAAAUGAUUAAAGAAGAAGAAAACAGGCUACAGCUGCGGAAAACCACUCCUGACCCACUGGUCUCCAUUAAUGGCACAGGAAAGAAGCACGCUAUCUGUUUUGCAAGCUACCCUCAGCAGCAGCUGGCAGCAGACGUCUGCCGCGUCCCAACAGUUGCCAGCACUCCUCCUUGUGAGCACAUCCAGCAGCGAGAUGGAAAGAUUAUGAGCCCACACGAAAAUGACUACGACAACAGCCCCACAACACUGUCUAGGAUAAGCAGCCCCAGUUCUGACCGAAUAUCAAAAUCUAGUUUGGUACUUGCUAAAGACUACCUGCAUUCAGACAUGUCCCCUCAUCAAACCCAAGGAGACCACCCAGCAGCCUCUCCAAAUUAUUACAGCUCCCACAGGCAGUACUUUGAUAAACAUGCUUACACACUAACUGGAUAUGCCCUGGAGCAUCUAUAUGACACUGAAACAAUAAGAAACUAUUCACUAGGCUGUAAUGGAUCCCACUUUGAUGUGACUUCUCACUUAAGGAUGCAGCAAGAUCCAGCACAAGGACACAAGGGAACAUCUGUUAUAAUAACCAAUGGAAGCUGACACUUCUUUUCUAAAAACUUUCGUGUUUUAAAAAAUAAUCUUUGAGCUCUAAUUGGAAGAUACUCUAUGUUUUCAUGCCCUUGUCCUUACCAGCAUUUCCCAUACAACAGUGCACUAGAAAGAAGAACCUAAGGUUUUGGGGGAUAAGUUAGUUAAAACACAUUACUUAAGAAAAAAAAAACCCAACAACAAAUGCACUGACAUGCAGGGUUAAAGUAAACGAAGCUAAAUGCAAAGUUGUUGCCAUGCAUGCUGAGAAGGAUAGAAGAGGUUCAGGCAGGGAGUACUUGUGGCAGAGCAGUUUAUCCACAUUGUGUAAGAGGUGCUGAUUGGAAACACUGCCAAAGGCAGAUCUUCUGAACUGCAUAGGUACCAGGCAGCAGAACUGCUAUGUAUUCUUUUUACACAGGAAGUUGAGAUGUGUUUCUUCAAAAUACACAACAAAAUGUAUACUUCUGGUGAUUUGUUUACUCCCCAAAGGCCAAGUAUGUUAUGCUGCUGUAUGGUAUGAAGCAUCCGUGGCUGACCAAUAUAAAAUCAAAAAAGGGAGAAAGAAGAGAGAACUCCUCGAAUUGUUAUGUCCUUGUGUACUCACAAACAUAGUUAUUUACAUAUGCUUGAUUUGAAAAGGGUCAUUAUGAUUAGUAUGGUCAAAUGUUUACCUCUACUGUAUUAAAAUGAGAGGAGUGUCCUCACUGUAGCUUUGAGAAAUGCAAAGGGCUUUCUUGUCUUGCAGUAGAGAUGGGAGAUGGUUCUCAUGUUUUUGAAAGGUUGCCCAUGGUGGUUACUGGAGUGAAAUGGAAGAAAAUUGCCUGGAGAAACAGGGAGAAUAGACUGGAAUUAGGAGUGGUCCAAGGUAAACACUUAACCCUGUAGCUAUGUAUGCCAUUUAGUAAUAAUUAUAAAAUAAGGAAAAGUGGCUGAAUAAUUAAGAAUUAAUUUAAAACACAGAAGGAACUAAAUAGAAUAAUAGAAAUAUUGCUGUAAAAUACAAAUGCAGUUGCAUAAAUGUAAAAAUACAUGAGUCAAGAAUAGGCAAAAACUCUUUGGUGGUUUGUCUAAGUUCUAAUAAAGUUUUGGAGUAAAUUAGGAGAGUAUAGAGUAUCAUAACUACUCUGUCAGAAACACAGUGAAGUAACAGGCAUGACCUUGAUAAAGAAAUAUAAAUUCUCUGCUUAAUUGCAGCAGAUAAUUUAAUGAAAAUCAGAAAAUAUUAUGGAUAUUAAAAUCAGCCAUAUGUACAUAACAAAAGUAGAGGGAAAUCAGUGUUCCAAGGAAUUAAAUUGUAUUAAGAAUGCUGGUAUUAUCAUGGCCUGUCCUGGAGUUAUACAAGACAUCAAAAGAGGCAGAGGAACUUAAAAAAAAUUUUUAAUAACCACAUGAACAAAGAGACUGAUUAAUUGGAAAAGAAUAAAUGCAAACAUAUGCUAAAAAUGUAAAAUAGGGCAUUUGUAGUCACAAUUGCUAGACCUGUCUUUUUUUUGUAUGGCAUUUAUAUGGUCCCAAAGUUGACUGCAACAGGAGGGACCACUGCUCCCUCUUAUGCCAAUGUGGAAGAAAGGGGACCUGAGGUGGUUACUAAAAUGAGAUUAGCUCUAAGACUAGCUUAAUUUGUAACAUUCAGAAGCUCAACAUAUGGGACUGAGUCAUCAAUGGGACUAAAUAUAAACCAGCAUGCUAUGGGUGGGUUAAAAAUACUGUUUCCAAAUAAAACUAAUCAGAAGCAAAAGCUAAAUAAUAACAUUAUAAACCACGUAAGUAGAGACGUACUUGAAAGCAGAGGAAAUUACCUCUCUGAACUUGGAAUACUGUGUAUAGUCCUGAUCACUCCAAAGCAGAUUGUGAAUCUUGAAUUGAGUAGUACCUUAUUCCAUAAGCAACCUUUGUUGACUGCAGUGUGAUCGCUCCUGGUGAAAUGCACGUUGAACACAAGGGAGAACAACACAGUCUGGUCUUUAUUAUCUAAACCUCGUAACAAAAAAGGUGGAGCAGAGCUCAGCAAAAGAUAAAGAGACUGAAAGAUCUAAUAAAAGCUUUAAAUAAA